UUUGAUUUUGGGAAGAUUAGCAAAAAGCAGAAAAGUGAGGCUUUCAACUUUGUCCCGCUUUACAUUCUGCUUUUUAAAGAAUAUAAUCCAUACAGGAGGCGGCGACGUCUAUUCCCUUAAAACGGACCACAGCCAUGCAGAAAAGGAGAGCGACAGAUACAGAGCCUUUCCAAGAAAAGCAAAAAAAAAAAAAAAAGGAAUCCACAGCCGCUCUCAGCUACUGCGCCUUUUGGACAAAGGGAACCAUGCGUCCCGCUCGGCAGAGCUUCGGAGAGAGGAAAAAAAUAAUAAUAACCCUUUGCUUCCCGACUUCUUUUCCUUUAAACGUGCCUGUUCCCCGUUUAUUCUCCUGUCGGGAAGUAUCCGUGAGCGGUAACAACCAGGAUCCGGGAGGCUCUGCGCGCAGAGAAGGGAGCGGAGCAAAGCGAUCCAACAAAGCGCACGGUCGGUUCCCUUCAGCAGAGGUGAGGCGAAUCAAAGAGGUGGAGGAGAGAGAAAUAAAAAUAAAAAAAAUAAAAACCUCACGAGCCCAGUUGAAGCUGUGUGUUCUGUCUAAAAAGGUUUCCCGACGACCAUGGGCGCACAGCAGCCUCUCCCCAUCCGUUUCCAAGAAGCUGACAAACUCCCAUUCAUCCAGUGAGUGGCUGCUGCUCCUGCUGCCUGCCUGCCUGCCCGCCCGCGCGGCCCGGAUCCUCCCACUUCCUGAUUUCCAGGCGGACUCGGAUCCAGCCUCAGUAGCACUCCUUCAGAGGAUAAACACACUCGUGUGUCUGGGCUUCCGAAAAGCUGUGGCUGAAGGCGCACGGCGAUCUUUUGCGUAUAUGGCGCGCAAAAGGAGAGACAGCAGCGCUCCAAAGCAAUCCAAUGGGAGCAUGCAGACUAGGGAGGGCAGAAAGAUAAAGGAGGAGGAACUAAAGAGGAAGGGAGCACAGAAGAAAACACAACAGGAGGAGACACAGAAUAGAUGGAGAGAGAGAGAGAGAAGGAGCCAAGCAGGGAGGAAACAGAGGGGAAAGAAACAGCCUGCUGGGUCUUUUUAAAAGGAAAUGACUACAAGAAAACACUAAGGAAAUCACUGCUAAGGUACUGGGGUAAAAUCUUCCAAGUCUGUGCUGCCUCUCUCCUCCCCCCAAGCGGUUUGCCCGGCUGGGAGACUACGGUCAGAGGGAUUAGGCUCUCUGAAACGCUCUGUCAAGACCAUUCUGUCAGGCACCAAUGGAGGCAGUCUCAGCCACCCCCAGCGCAAUCCCUAUGCUCCUCUCAAACAAGCCUCUUCAAGGCUCUCUCUGUGCUCAACAGCGCCAGAGUGGGGGCCGAUGAUAGGCUCUCUGGGGGAUACAAGAUGGGCCCCGGACUUCAAAAGGCAGCAGGGUGACAGACAGCGGGGAGGUCCCUGCCCAUCCUCCCACAACCCCCCUUUUCUGUUCUGUCACCGAUGUCCUGUCGAUCUCGUCUCAGUGUGUCCGCCGCCCACCUCCAGCACCAACUGCUGAGGGAGACCUGGCUGCGUUUUUGCAGGGCCUGAGCUAAAUAAGACUGUUGUUCCCUCCACAGUAUCCUCCCUUCUGAGGGGACUCGAUGAUGGGAAGCAGAGAAACUUGAAGUUGAGAUCCUUUUUAUGUGUCACAGAGGGAAAGCUAUCUGGGACAUCAGAAUGAAAAUGUAGCCAGGAACCUUUAGUCUUGGGACUCAAGACACAUCAGGUGAUCUGUGCCGUGUCUUUAGGAUCUCGUCAAAGAAUUACCACUCAGUUCUUUAAAACUCUUCUCUGCGCUUAUUCAACUAGACAAAAGGGAUGUUUUUCCUACACUUAUCAGAGUUUCAUAUUGUCUGCUGUGAAGCCAUUGGCUUAAACAUACCACAAGGAUAACACCUAGAUGUUCUCCAUGACCUGGAAGCCUCCUCUCCGCAAGGGAAGACUGGUUGAACAAGGCAAAAACUGCAUGCAGAGCAGUUUGAUCAGUUGAUCUCUUCCUUUCCCUGGGUGGUGCCUCAGCAGUGGAAAAGUGAGCUGAUGGUUUUUCGACUUACAUGCGAAGCUAGUUUCAGGCCAAAGACCCGGGCCGUAGUCGGGCUGCAGGGGGUCUGUGUGUUGACAAGAACAGGGAGGCCCUUUCCACUUUGAAGCCCUGUAUAUUUAAAUAUUUCAUGACCCCUUCAUCUCCAGCCCCUUUUAUCGGAUUUAUGCUCUGGCUCGAGGCUGCCUUUCAUUAACAGCACAGCAAGAGAGGGGUUAGUAUCAAUCUAAUGCCCCCAUCAGCAAGGCAGAUCUGAGGGAGCCUCUCCCAUCAGCAGGCCCUUUUGGCACUCACGAUAUCUGCAAGACGAUCUUGUUAAAUGCUAGUAACAAUUACACCAAUUACAGAUAAGCUUUAGUGUGUCAAAGACGCAUGAUGUUUACAAUGAUUAGCAUGCAGCGUUAUCAGCAGGGAUGGUAAUCAAGGCUCGUGUGCCUGGUGUUUCACAAGAUCACAGGGCUCUUUAUCUGUCAGUAUCGAUAAAGGGCCACCAGCCGAAGACGGACCAGAGCGGAGCUGUCAUGUUUAGCGCGAGUUCUCUUCUAGAAAGAUAUGCAGGGAAAAUUGGCUGGUAGCCAUAGUUAGAAGAUUUUCAGCUAAAUGGGCAAUGACCAGCGACCGCUACUUUGGGAAUUCGAACGUCAUAUCUUUUACCAGUUAAUCACUGGUCGCCUAGGCACUAAACCUGUUAAGACAAAUUAUGAACAAAAACUCUGUGUUUGAUUCUAGAGACAGAUAUUUUAGAAUAAAAUAUGUGUUAGCUGAUCAAAGCAACUCUGCCUCAGUUUGAUAAACGGCUUUGUCAUAUAAAAUAUAAUAAUUUCAAGUUUGCAAACUUGAAAUUAUUAUGUCACAAACAGCAGAAACCAUGCCUGUGGCUCUGCUUCUGCACUCGCUACUACACCCAGAAACAGGAAUUAUGCUAUUAAGCAAUGAAGUGGAGCUCGGCAUAGGCCAGUAGAUUUCCACAAGGGUGCACGUUGCUCAGUGUGGGACAUCACUCCAGAUGUGUAUCUGUAGCACUUUCGAUCCCUUCUAUAAGGCCCUGCUUGUCUGCUUGUAAUAGAGAUGCCUUUGAGAGCGGCCCGCGUCUAGCCACAGGACACAUUCCAAGUUUUCCUCCACAAACUCUGAGCCGCCAUCAAGCUCUACGUCCUAAAUGUGCACAUUGUCAGGCUGCCCCACUGGCUGCCUGACAGCAGCACAUUCACCGUGGGGUUAUUUGAGUGGACACAAGAUACCAGGGUGCAUACAGAGCAUGCUCUCUCCCUUAAAAUAUGUGUGAUUCUUUCCAAAUUGGUGUCUUUUUUUACAUGUUAUGUGAUUGUGUCAAACAUGAAAACCCCCAGAGUUUGCUUUUGAUGCAUAAGUGAUACACAGAGGACAAAGUGAGGACAACACGAGCUGUUAUGGUCUAGGAUCUGAUGUUGUCUUUCAGCUCUGUUGUUUUUGCUUGCUGCCUAGCGUAGCUAAGGGCAACUAGGGACCACCGGUGCUAUGGGUCACUAGGGACAUGACCAGCGGUAAGCCCAAUCAUCAGUGUCUGUCUUAGCUGGGCUUACUGUGCACUAUGUUGACCAACACCAGCUUCAACAAGAUGAUCUGGGACAGCUCGAUGUUUGCCUCACUCUCUCUCUCUGACACACACACACAUAAGAGGAUUUGCUCUUUGCUCUGGCAUCAGGGACAGGCGGUGCCACAUAUCCGCAGAGCAAGCCAAGAAACUGCAAACAGCUUGGACCAAGCCACACAUGCCUGGACACAAAGGUAAAGGUCCAGAGACAAAACACCAGAACGCUACGCUUUGGACAAGGAAUUCACAGCUUACUUUAACUAAGCCUAAGAUUGUUACUGGUACAAAGGUUUCAAAUCCUUACAAUUUAAAAAUUUUGAUAGCUUUUCUGGUAUUGGUGAAAACUUGCAAAGCACUAUCCAGUUGAUGUUAUCACGUGACCUCCUAAUUAAGAAAAUGCAAGCUAUUCUCAUGAGUUAAAGUGAGUGCUUUAAUCUAUGUAUAAAACUCUUAUUUUGAAAUAUAAAAGGAAGUAGCUCUUGGGUUGUUGUGCUGUUAUGAAGAUAAAUUCAGCAAAUACGGACAUCUGGAACAAUAACACGGUUACAUAUACAAACUGUUUGCAUGGUAACAUUGUGGUUAUUUGGUGAAAAAAGAAACAAAGAGUGAUGAACAAGAAAUCAAAAUAUCAAAAUGUUGAAAAU